AUACGAGGUUUGUGAGCAGUAGUAGUGGUAGUUCAUUAGCUUGUACCUGGAUUACUUCAUAGACGUAGCUCUGGUUUGUGUUACUGACUCACUUGUACAAAAAAUAUCCCAAGGACUUCUGACGAGCAUAAAGGCAAUUAUAAUAUAUUGUUUACAAUAAAACCACAGCAAGUGCCCACAGGACUGGCUUUUAUAAUGCAAUGGAGAAGAAGGGAGUAUUUCUUUUAAUAACAAAAUGUAUAAACGACAUUUUUUAAGGAAAAAAUCUUUGAACUUAGUUUUUUUUCUUAUUGCAUCUCUGAUUUUUCUUGUAAUAACUUCAUAUGUAGUGUACAUUAAUCAGGGCCUUAGUCUAAAUGCGUUUGAAUAUCCUCUUAAUGUUGAUUUGUAUAUGAUAUAUGAAGACGAAUUCAAAACGUCGAAAAGCAAAUCAUCGAUUGAACCUAUAAAUCCUGUCAAGUUUAAUGCUGUUCUUCAGCCCAUACACUCUUGUAAAUUAAUAAAUCAAUCUGAUGUUUCACCAGAUCUAGUUAUUUUUGUCAAGUCAGCGUUGUCACAUUUUGGAUCACGUAAUAAUAUACGAGAAACUUGGGGCAAUUCAAACUGUUUCCGUCAUUUUGGAAUGCGCACUCGGACUCUUUUUGUUCUUGGCAGGUCAGAUUCUGCUGAUUGGAAACAUUCCAAUACUCAAAGUUUGGUAUUUCAAGAAUACCUGAAGUACAAUGACAUUGUUCAGUUUGAUUUCGUUGAGAGCUAUCAUAAUGUUACGUAUAAACUGAUAGCGACUUUAGAUUUUGCUAUUAAUGAAUGUGUCUCUUCUCGAUUUCUUACUUUGGUUGAUGAUGAUUUCAUUUUGCACCCACCUAAUUUACUCCGUGCACUCUCUGAUGUUACUGAAACUCAGUAUUUAAAUUAUAUAGCUGGUGAUGUACUGCGUAUACCCAAACCAGUGAGGUUCCCACUUAGUAAAUGGUAUGUUCCUUAUUCAGAAUAUCCAUACAGUUUAUAUCCACCGUUUCCUUCUGGUGGAACUAUUAUCCUUAGCAUGCAUGUUGCACAGCUCCUUUCUUUUGGGUUGAGGUACACAAAAUUGCUUCCUUUUGAAGACGUUGUAAUCGGGCUUGUUUUAUAUAAACUGGGCAUCAGUCCUGUACAUUUGGAUGGUGUUCUCUCAGUUCGUUAUCCAAACGUUUAUAUUGAUGAUCUCAUAAGUAUCCAUGGGUUUAGUGAUAAUUCCUUUUUCUUAACUGGAUGGAAUAAACUUGGUUUACACGCUCUUUGCAAUGGAUAGACUAUUUUCUUGAUAAAUUUUCUUUCCUAAUUGUUUUUGGACUGUCAAUAUGUAAUAGAUGAUCUAUGCUUUGUUGAUCUUGGAUAAUUUUGGGCUAGGUAUUGCAUACCUUUUAAUCUCCCGGUAACUUCGUUGGAAGUGAAGCCACUUAAUCGCUAGUGGAACCGUAAAACCCAAAAUUUUGUGUACUAAUAAUCAGAUUUUUUAAAAUCGAAUUACAACAUAAAUAUUCACAGAACUCUCAUUUUAUGAAUAAUUUGUGUCUAAAUAAGUUUUGUUUUGAAUUAAAAGUAACUUACUUU